UUUAUAACAUUGUCUGUGUGUUGUGUGUGUAUUUCAGGCUCAUUGAGCAACGCAUCCAGUGAUGCCAACUUCACUUGUGACAGCAGCAGCACCAGUGGCUCAUGUGCAGCGGUUGAGGCAGACGGUGACAGCCCGCACAAGACGGUGGAGAUGGUCUUCAUUGCACUGGUUACAGGAUCCCUCAGUUUUGUCACCGUUGUGGGCAACAUCCUCGUCAUGCUCUCAAUCAAGGUCAAUCGACACCUACAGACCGUCAACAACUACUUCCUCUUCAGCCUGGCCUGUGCAGAUCUCAUCAUCGGUGUGUUCUCCAUGAACCUUUACACCGUUUACAUCAUCAAGGGCUACUGGCCACUCGGCCCUGUUGUGUGUGACCUGUGGCUCGCACUGGAUUAUGUGGUCAGCAACGCUUCUGUCAUGAACCUGUUAAUCAUCAGCUUUGACCGAUACUUCUGUGUGACCAAACCCCUGAGUUAUCCCACACGCAGAACCACCAAGAUGGCUGGCCUCAUGAUUGCCUCCGCCUGGAUCCUGUCAUUCAUCCUGUGGGCUCCCGCUAUCCUGUUCUGGCAGUUCAUUGUCGGAGCACGAACCGUAGCGCCUGGUGAAUGUUACAUCCAGUUCCUUUCCAACCCCGCGGUCACGUUUGGCACGGCCAUUGCUGCCUUCUACCUGCCAGUGGUCAUCAUGACGGUGCUUUAUGUGCACAUCUCUCUGGCCAGCCGCAGCCGUGUGUCCAAGCAGAACCCUGAGGAAAAGAAGGAGAAGAAAGGUCAGAAAUCUAGUGGUCUGCUCAAGAGUCACAUCUUGAAGCAGAACAACAACAACCAGUCUCCUCCUAAACCUAGCCUAGAUACCUGUUCUACGGUGGACACCAUGAAGAACGGCAAACUAGACGAGUCUGUGGUGUCCGCUAAAGCGGACUCCUGCGUGCAGCCGGAGGAGAAGGAGAGCUCGAACGACUCCAGCACAGCCAGCAUAGCACCUAAAGAGCUUAAAGAACGAGCGAACAGUGAGGCGACUUCAAAGGCCGGCUUGACACCCGCGCCCACAGCCGUACCUAAAUUUAACCCUCAAUCCAAAUGGUCCAAGAUCAAGAUAGUCACCAAACAAGCGGGAGAUGAAUGCAUCACAGCCAUCGAGAUCGUCCCACCAAACAGUACCGGCGAGAAGCGCUCCAUCCCUGUGAACCGUCCCCGCACAGUGGCGCGCAAGUUUGCCAGCAUCGCCCGCAGCCAGGUGAAGAGG